AUGGACCUUUCAGAAGUGCCAACAUUUGAUUUUGUGCCUACAAACAAGACAGUCGUCCAGGGAUCAAACGUCUUUUGGCGCUGUCAUGCGGAUGCUCAGUCGGAAAAUGUACAUUAUUCCUGGACCUUUGCUGGUCGGCUUGUGAAAACCACAGAGACUGGCUUGCGAGCUGAAGUGAAGGUUAGCAUAUCUGGCAACUCACAUGGAAAUCACGAAGAUUUAUUCGAGGAGGGAGAUUUUUCUCUUCGAGAUGUGAAGAAGGAAGACCGCGGUUACUACGAAUGUAUCGCCCAAAGUCCAUCUGGAGAACGCUCUCGAGCUUCAGCAUUUCUUGAUGUUUUAUGUGAGUUCAAUGCUUAA